AUGCCUGCGCCGUCUGCCCGCGAAUCCGCCGCUGCUGCUGCCGUACGAGUGGUAGCCGGCGAAGUAGCGGGCCUCGAGCACACGCGUGCUGCAGCGGCUACUGCUGCUGCUGCAGUGGCUACUGCCGCUGUAGCUGCGGCAACAUCCGAGGCCGAAGCAGCAGCAGCUGCUGUGUUGUCUUCGCGGCCGAACAGACGGAGCUUUCUCGUGCGGCACCUGAUAGACAGCAGGCUGUACGUUGUGAAGGAGCUUUUCUUUUACAUUCCACAGUCAGUCCUGCAAAAGGCCAGUGGAGCGGUAGACGAGCAGCAGCUGCAACAACAGCUGCAGCAGCAGCUGCAGCAGCGGGAGCCUCCUGACGAGCAAGAGAGCGCACAACUUUUGCUGGAACAGGGAUUGAGCCAGGCACCGCAGCAGCAACAACCGAAGGUCAAGAAAAAGGGUAAGAAAAAGCACAAGAUGCAGUAUACGCGUGUGUAUGAUGACUCGCCACAGCGCCAGCCGUACAAGCUGUCGCACGAACAGGAAGAGGACAUGCGGCAAGAGAAGGAACUGCUGCAGCAACAACAGCUGCAACAGCAGCAACAGGGGCAGCAACAAGUGCAACAGGGGCAGCAGCAGCCAAAUAAGCUGUCUGGGCUUGAGGUGGCAGCAGAAGCUGAACGUGUUCUCCACGAGGUUGCGAUGCUCUGCACGUUAGAACACCCCUUCUUGAUGCGGUAUCACCAGUGCUGGUCGCAGCUGGUGCAAAAGCAGUCGAAGCCGCCGACUAGCAGCGCUUCGCCAGUUGGGGCAGCAGAGGAGCAUAAGCAGCUGUCCGUCUUCGUCCAGAUGGAGUAUCUGGCUUUAAGUCUGCACCGCUUCACCCAAGAGGGGAAAACACUGCAUAUUGCAGAUGUGUGGAGGCUCUUUAUGCAGGUGGGAGAUUUCAAAUUGAAGGAGGGCUUUCCCUCCGACUACGCUCACACGGCAUUUGUUGCUCCGGAAGUUCUUCGGGGGGAACAUUUCACCGACAAGGCAGACAUUUACUCCCUCGGAGUGCUCUUCUUGGAGCUGUGGCUUCUCUGUCCAGUGGUUGCUCGGCUCACCAGCCGUGACGGUAUUCGCACGAAUUUCAGGAGCUGCAUGCCACCGCGCGCAGUCGUCAUUGCAGAGAUGUUGUUGCAGGAGGAGCCACACCAACGGCCAACUUCGUUGCAGCUGCUGCAGUCAGGGGCCCUCCCCCCCGCUGUAGAUGCGGAGCUGUUUGAGGCAUUUUUGCUGCGCGUCGGGAACUGCUCGACAGCUGAAGAGGACCCUCCGCCUUUGACUGCGGCCUUUUCAGGGGCAGCAGCAACAGCACAGCAGGGACGAGGGCAGCCUGCGACUGGUGUGGACGGUGCAGGAGCGGCGCCUCUUGCCCCUUCAACAGCAGCCACAGCAGCUGCCGCAGAGGGUGUAGCUACCGGGUUUGAUGCAGCAGCAGCAGCAGCUCCUGGCCUCAGAGUCCGUCCAAUGCCACACUCUGGGUACAAACAGAUAAUCGACAAAAGCAGCAGAAACAGCAGCAGCAUGAGUGCACGCGUGAGGCUUACGCGCGAGGUGCUCGACGUGCUCUUCGCGAGGCCCCUUGAUCCAAGAAGCCGGUGGGCUUUUGUUGACGCACUGCAGACAGGAGGAGAGGAGGAGCCUCUUCCAGGCCUGCUUUCCGUCGCUUUGAGCCUUUGCGUCUGCGCACAGCAACAGGAAGGCGCCACCCAGAACGGAGGCAUGGGAGACCUCAGGGGUUUACUCUGCAGUGUCACGCUGCAACAUUUCGCAGCACACGGGGCUUCCCAUCAUCCUUUGCCGCUUUUCUGCCCAGCAGUCGGCCCCACUCCACGUCAGUUACUCCCCACGCCUCCAGCUUCUAUCCCUCUCUGCGGAUUGCGCAUGAGUCUCAAUACUGAGAGCUCAAUACGGCGCGGCUCUCCUGGCGAUGGUCUCUAUUGCCUGUCUCCCUCCCUGUCUCGCCUUGCUGCUUGCGUCUUUCUCCCUCACCCCUCCCCUCAUGCUAUCUGUCCCCCCGCCUUCCGAGUUCGUUUGCUCGUGCUUCUGUCUGCUGCCUUCUCCGUUUUCCCAGCAGCAACGGGGGUCGUCGCUCUAACGGCCUCGAACAUGCUCCUAACCCCCACCGUCCGUCUCUCUGCUGCCUUUGCUGCGCUGGAUGCUGCUGCUGCUGCCGUUGCUCCCCCACUCUGCAGCACCAUGCAGCAGCAGCUGCCUCCCACUGCACUCGCCGCAGCAGCAUCUGCGGCAGCAACACGAGCAGUCCCCGGUAGCCACGAGUGGCAGCACUUUGUAGGGGCAGCGGCAGCAGCAUGCGCUGCCGUGGCUGCAGGGCCCCUUCAGCCACAGCAGCGCAUGCUGCUCGACGGGGAGGUACUGAAGAGGUCGUGCAUAGGUCCAGUCUACGCUUCGGAAGAGCGUACAGAGAAAGGCUCAGGCGCUAUCGCGGCCGCCUUCGCUUGCUCGUUGCUCUUUUGUGAGUGCUGCUGUUUUGCAUUUCUCACUCUUCAUGAGGGGCUGGCUGUGGAAGCAGAUUUCGGGGGCGCCUGUCCUGCAUGCAUCUUGCAGGAGCAACAGCAACAACGAGACAAGGCAAGAGGUCCCUUUGGGCAAGUGCUGCCGCAGCUCGUUGGAUGCUUCCAGAUCCUGUAUCCUCAUAAGCCGCCAGCGCAGCAGCCGCCUCCGUCGAAUCUACUGCAGCACUUAUUCCCCCCUACGUCGGGCUGUCAGGUUCUUCAGAAGAUGCUAGGCAUUCUGUCCAGUGAGGAGCAGCAGUUGGUUGCUGCUGAAGGGGAACUGCUGCUUGCAGCAGUUACCUCCCUGCAGCAGCUCUUGCAGGCUGCUGCAUUGCCACCAUCCAUUGGGCGUUUGGAAUGGGCCCUUCCACAGCUCCUUAGGGUCAUCCUCCAGCUGUUUUUCAGGGUUCCUCAGUCAAACGUGCACGAAGCAACGUUGCAGCUGCUGCUGCUGCAGCAACGGCGACAGCAAAAGAAGCAGCAGCAGGCAGCUCGCCAGACUGCUCAGGAGCAGUUUAUACCGUUUUCCACUGUCACCGCGGCGGACUGCGAUCGCGUCCUUUCUGUAGGCCCGUUAGCGCCUCUGUCUCUGCAUCACCAGAGCUGCAAAUUGUUUUUCUUCUGCCAGUGCUCCUCCCGCAUGUCUGCUGCUGGGUACUUUUUAUUGACUAAUCCUCCUUGGUCGGAGGCCGAUUGUGGCAGUGUCGCGUGUCGAACAUUCUCUCUUGCGCCGCAGCGCCUGUCCAAUUUGGAAGACGUGCAACUAAAUGCCGCGGCCGAGCAGCUGCAGCAGCUGCUGGCGUUCUCCGGGGAGGUUCUCCAGCUGCUGUCGCUACUGCAGACAACAUCAAAUCGCCUUACAACCAGCAGCACCCAGCAGCAGCCACACCAGCUUUGCUGGGAUUCCCAGUCAGAGUUGGCUUUAGCAGCGGAGCUGGAGAGAGAGCUUAGCCAUGCGCUGCACCUCUCGCUGCUUCUGCAAGCAGCAGCGGACGCCUCUACUGGCCGCUGCUGCUGUAUGCGGCUAUUAAUGCCCUUGGAGAGUCCAAAUUAUGAUACCGAUCGCCUGCUUUUUGGAGUGUUUCUGGAUGUUUCGGUCUUGUUCGCGCAACCCCACGGAUACUCGCAUAACCCUGCCGCUACUUCCUGCCUCCCGGAUACGCAGAUGGGAGAGCAGCAGCCUUACCAGCAGCCACUUCAGUCACUGUCGCGGUUCACGAGGGUUGGUGGUGGCGGCUACAUGAGGCCUUUCCUUAGGAGCUUCGCACCAGCAGGAGCAGCAGCAGGUGGGGCUCCUGUUGUCACAUGCAAAGCAGCAGCGGCGAGUGGCUGUGCUGCUGCAGAUGCAGCGGAUGCCUCAGCAGCAUCCUCAGCAGCAGCAAGAGAAAGCAGCAGAGGGGGAGAGGCCUGCGAGAGGGAGACGCAGCGUGGCUCCCUGGUUCUCUCCUUUGACCUUGACUUAGAGUCCGUCAUUUCCCUCUUCUCGGGUGCAGACACAGCAGCAGCUGCUGUUGCCGCCACGGCUGCACUAAAGCGGCAGCAGCGAGAAUAUGAGGCCAAUGGUGCGGCGUUAUUGGAGGCUGCUGGGAUUACACCUGCUGAAAAUAGCGCAACAGAGCAGGAGGGGGCCCUCAUGCGUACCGCCACCGUUGAAGGGUGGACAGAUUUGCUCCUGCCGCAGAAGCAUUUGCAGCAGCCUAUGCCGCAACAGCACUCCCCGCUGCAACAGCUGCGGAGAAGCAGAGAGCCAUGGGUAAUCCUCACAACUGCUAGUAGCCGCCUUGUUCCCUUAGGGGUUGCCGUGGCGAAUCGUCUCAUCCGAAGGGGCGUGGCAGCUGUGAUGCGGAUACAGCCGGUCAUCGAGGUUUCGCGCUUCCAGGAGACCCUGCGGCGGCAUUUUAGCGUUAAAUACCACGUGGUAAUCCAGCAACAGCAGAAGACUAGCUCUAGUCGCCAGCAGCAACAGGCAGCCUACGACUCAGCAGAGGACGAUGCUACCUGGUUUAGUUCACAGAGCGAACAGUACAUUCCUCUAGCGGCGUGUGCGAGAGGGAGAGCCUCAAGUGGGGGGGGGGCAUCUUCUCCCGAUACUCUUGCUGCUGCAGUGGGCCCUGUUAUUUUUGGCCUUACACAACUGCAGCAGUCAGGUGCGAUUGUCUCAGGAGACAGCAGUAGUAAUACUAGUAAACGGAGGCCUAAGCGUGUAAGGCACCUGACAGCUCAGGGCCUCAUUUCAGUGCUUGUUGCUGCAGCAGCGAGGCGUUAA